AUGUUGCCUCUUUCACUACUGAAUGCUGCGCAGAACAAGCCAAUGUUGGUUGAACUUAAGAAUGGAGAGACAUUCAACGGCCAUCUCGUCAACUGCGACAAUUUCAUGAACAUAACGCUCAGAGAAGUAUAUCAGACCAGCGCGGAGGGUGAUCGCUUUUGGAAACUAAGAGAGUGCUAUAUCAGGGGCAGUACGAUAAAAUACCUCCGCGUCCCUGACACCCUACUUGACGCCGUGAAAGAUGAGCAGACACGUGCACGCGAGGCUGGGCGGAGUGCGAGGGGAUCCGGUGCUGGUAGCAGGGGUGGCCCACAAAGAGGUGGACGCGGUCGUGGACGGGGAGCGUAG